UGUUAAAAGGUAGCUGUUUGUUGUUACAGUAAAGAGUGUUGUUUUUUUAGUUAAAAGCUUAUUAGCUUAGCUGGUCGGUAUUUAAUAGUGGAAGAGAUUGUUUAAUUACUCACAUGCUAGCAGAAACGCCUGUGAAUAGCAUGUUAAUCUCACAAUUCUGCCAGAAACAGAGCUUGUUAUGCUCUCAGACAAAGCUGAAUAUUUCUUUUGUUCAUAUCACCGAACCCAUUUUUGGGCGUUUUUCAACAUCCUGCCUCAUCAAUUGCAAUUUUCCUUCUUCUGGCUCUCCUUUUUCAACAUUUAUCUGAUUUUUUUUGGUACCAGAAGAAUCAUAUUUUUUUUUCUGCUUUAUGUUGUGAUUCCGUUGUUGAGAUUGGUUAGUAUAUGGGAUGGGUGGAGUGAAACUGCAACUUCUUUUCUUGGUGCUGCAAGUCUGUGCCUUUGCUUUCUCUAAGGGAUCUGCAAGCUUCAUUUUAUCCCCCUCUCCAUCGGCAUCCUCUGCAAUUCCUCCUACUGAAGAGGGAAUACCCUCUUCCGUCUCUCAUGGGAAUGCAUUCAGAAGUAAUGCACCUGCUCCUGCGUUUGAGCUAAAUGGAGCAUCUCCUCCUGCAAAUGUCUUUCCACCACUGAAGCCCUCCUCUGUCCCUCAACCGAGAGAAGUUCUUACACCAUCUCUGCAACCAAGUGCUCCUAUAAUAUUGCCACCGCCCAGUUCAGCUCCCCCCAUAAUUAAUCCAGCCCCACCACAAAUUGCUUCUCUACCAGCUCCUCCUCCAAUAAUGUGGAAUGGUCCUGCUCCAGUUCUGCCUCCGAGUGCUCCUAAGAGAGAGCAUCGACAUACUGAACAGCCUGUUGUUGUUCCAGAAGCUCCAGCACCAGUGUCGUCUGCUGGAAGGAAAUCUACUGAAGAUGCACCAACCAAAGCUCCACAGCUACCUGGAUCUACGCCACCCAAUGAGAGCAAGUCACCAGAGGGUCCUCUCUCCUCAAUUGCUCCAGUCCUGAAUACGCCUGCUCCAAGGGGAAAGUCGCAAAAGUUACUGCCCACCCUCCCAAGAAAUCCAGAAAUUUCACCAUCCAUUCCGCCAGUCUUGAAUGAGCCUGCUCCAAGGGGAAAGCCGCGAAAUUCACUGCCCACCCUCCCAAGAAAUCCAGAAAUUUCACCAUCCAUUCCACCAGUCCUGAAUGCUCCUUCUCCAAGAGGAAAGACACAAAAUCCUCUGCCCACCCACCCAAUCAUUCCAGAAGUCUCACCAUCUAUUCCACCAGUCCUUAAUGUGCCUUCUCCAAGGGGAAAGCCACAAAAUCCACUGCCCGCCCAGCCAACCAAUCCAGAAGUUUCACCAUCUAUUCCACCAGCGACAGUUGCACCUCCUCCGAGGAAGUUGCCUAACAAUUCACCACCCAACCAUCCAAGAUAUCCUCUAAAACCUCCAUCCGUUUCACCAGUUAAGCAUGGUAUAUCCCCUGUAUCAACUCCGUGGCCAAGCAUCAACCGGAAAAGAGCAAGUGCUCCAACUGUUGCACCUCCUAAUGGAAUGACAAAUCAGCAUCCAGCAAAAGGAUCGCCGGUACCACCGCUGCUUGCGCCUUUAACUUCUCCAGAAAGUCAUGAUUCUCCUGCAAUAUCACCGUCUCCAAGUGCUUCAUCUAGACCAACUAAAAGUAAGAAGCCAUUUGUUUCCCCUAAAAUGUCUCCCUCUGGGUCUUCACCAAGGCAUCCAAAGAUACCGCAUCCAUUUCAAGCACUACCACCUCCACCUCCUAAUGAAGAUUGCGCAUCAUUGGCUUGUGCGGAGCCUUUCACAAAUGGCCCACCAAAAGCACCUUGUGUUUGUGUCUUACCCAUGCGAAUUGGACUAUGCCUUAGUGUAGCACUCUACACCUUCUUCCCUUUGGUUUCAGAGCUAGCUACAGAAAUUUCUGUUGGAGUAUUUGUGGAUCCAAGUCAAGUUCGUAUUAUGGGAGCAAAUUCAGCCAGCCAAUAUCCAGAAAAGACCAUUGUCCUUAUUGAUUUGGUACCCCUUGGCGAAAAAUUUGAUAACACUACAGCAUUUCUGACAUCACAAAGAUUCUGGCACAAACAAGUUGUUAUAAAAUCAUCACUUUUUGGUGAUUAUGAUGUACUAUAUGUGCAAUAUCCAGGUCUUCCUCCCUCUCCACCUUCAGCAGCUUCAGACAUUGAUACCAUAGGUAGCCAACCAUAUCCUGCUGAUAAUAAUGGAAGGACCAUACAGCCCCUUGGAGUUGAUGUAAGGGGGAAACAGCACAAAAGUGGGCCAAAUCGGAGUGUCAUAGCAGUAAUUGUAUUGUCAGCCUCUGUCGUAGUUAUUUUAUGUUGUGCCGUUGCAUGGGUUUUGCUUUUCGGAUAUAGAGAUCGCGGAUAUCCGUUAGAACCAACUCCACCAACUACAUUACCAUCCCUUGCAAAGUCAUCAGGGAUUGCAGCCUCCACGAUUGGGAGUAGGCCGAAUUCUCCUUCAUUAUCCUUUAGUUCUAGCUUUGCUGCUUAUACUGGUUCAGCUAGAACAUUUUCUUCAAAGGAAAUUGAGAGAGCAACUGACAGCUUCAAUGAAGCAAGAGUACUAGGUGAAGGGGGAUUUGGUCGUGUUUAUAGUGGUGUGCUUGAUGAUGGGAUGAAAGUGGCAGUGAAAGUCCUCAAGAGAGAUGACCAACAGGGUGGUCGUGAAUUUUUGGCUGAAGUAGAGAUGCUUAGCCGCCUCCAUCAUAGAAACUUGGUCAAGCUGAUAGGCAUAUGUCUUGAGGAGCGCAGUCGCUGUUUACUUUAUGAGCUCAUCCCAAAUGGCAGCGUGGAAUCUCACCUUCACGGUGUUGACAAGGAUAUUUCUCCACUUGAUUGGAAUGCCCGAAUGAAAAUAGCACUUGGUGCUGCCCGAGGCCUGGCAUAUUUACAUGAAGAUUCCAGUCCCCGUGUCAUACACAGGGAUUUUAAGUCUAGUAACAUCUUACUGGAACAUGAUUUCACCCCAAAAGUGUCUGAUUUUGGUUUGGCGAGAGCUGCAUUAGAUGAAGGAAACAGACACAUAUCCACUCGAGUCAUGGGAACUUUUGGGUAUGUAGCUCCAGAAUAUGCUAUGACAGGGCAUCUCCUUGUAAAGAGUGAUGUUUACAGCUAUGGUGUUGUCCUGCUUGAGCUGCUAACUGGAAAAAAGCCAGUGGAUAUGUCUCAGCCACCAGGUCAAGAGAAUUUAGUGGCUUGGGCACGCACACUCCUAACGAGUGAAGAAGGUCUGGAGUUGAUUGUGGACCGUAAUUUGGGGGCUGAUUUCCCUUUUGAUGACAUUGUAAAAGUAGCUGCUAUUGCAUCAAUGUGUGUUCAACCAGAGGUAUCACACAGACCUUUCAUGGGUGAGGUUGUCCAGGCCUUGAAGCUGGUAUGUAACGAAUGCGGACAGACAAAAGACAGUGUGUCUCGAAGUUGUAGCCAAGAUGAUCUGUCUAUUGACAUGGAUGCUAGGAUUAGUACGGCUUCAAGCCAAGUGUUGAACCCUAUACGACCUCAAUCCCCAGUUUCUAACUCAGACAGUGAGUUGGAUGUUGAGAGGGGACUUUCAAUGUCAGAUUUACUGAGUCCAUUAGCAAGAUACGGGAAGCAAGAAUCUGGUUCAUUUAGGAGGUACUAUAGCUCAGGUCCUCUGCGAAAAGGAAAAACCAGGAGGCUAUGGCAGAAAAUGAGAAGAUUAUCUGGAGGUAGUUUGAGUGAGCAUGGCGUGAUGUUUGGGUUAUGGCCUGGAUCCCACUAAUCAUGGUUGAAGUUUCCAUCUUUAGUUUUGAUAAUUUUUCUGCAAAAUGUCAACUUUCACCAUCCAUGCCUUAUAUACUAGACCGAACAUGGAAUUGUACAGUACCUUCUUUGGCCUUCUUGAUCAAGACAUAGAAUGAGGAAGCAAACACCAGCAUACUCAAAUUGUUCUGAAUGCUAUUGCGUAAUCCAUGAGUAUGAUAAGCCCUCCACAAAAAGCUGGGAAGAACUGUGCGCGACGAGAUAUCUGAAUAGGGAUUUCAUCUUAUGUAAGAAGAUUGUAUUUAUUGUAACAUGCUAAUUGUUCAUAAAAGGAAUCAUAGUUCUUUCUCUUCUGGUAUUGAGUUUAAACCUUAGAGGCAAGCGAGUGAUCUGCUAACAUUAAAGGCUGUGCAAACAUGUUUUCUUCUUCAUCUCAGGUAA